GCAGAACCUAAAGGCUAACCUCUACCUCCACUCACACACAAAAUGCCUGCAGACUUUAAUGGACGCUGGGAGAUGGUGAAAAAUGAGAACUUUGAGGACAUCUUGAAGGCCAUUGACAUCGACUUUGCCACCAGAAAGAUCGCCUCCCACCUGCACCAGACCAAAGUGAUCGUCCAGAACGGAGACAAGUUUGAAACCAAGACGCUGAGCACCUUCCGGAACUACGAGGUCAACUUCACCAUAGGGGAGGAGUUCGAGGAGCAGACAAAAAGCCUGGACAACCGAAAAGUCAUGACACUGGUUACCUGGGAAGGGGACAAGCUGGUGUGCGUCCAGAAGGGGGAGAAGGAGAAUCGCGGCUGGAAACACUGGAUCGAGGGAGACAUGCUGUACCUGGAAAUCACUGUGCUCGACAAGGUCUGUCAGCAAGUGUUUAAGAAGUCGCAAUAACAUGGAAACUACAAAGCUCGUCAUCUGCUCACAACUGUCUUUCAUGUGCUGCAC